GGCUACCCGCAGCCACCCACCUCCCUACCCCUGGCCGACUUCCCACCACUGGAUCGCUGCCGCCAGAAUCGAGUUCCUUUUACCUCUCGGCCUUCCCGCUUGGACGGGCCUAGUACGACCGGCUUGUGCGAGACGGCUGAUGAGUGACCAUACCCGGCAUCGAGCUUCGUUUCCAGACACCCAAGUCUCUCUGCGCUGAUGCGGUGGCCCUAAGGAGGUCGACCCGCGAGUUGCCUGUUUCUUUGCUCAUCAAUCUCUAUUGUCGGUUUACCCGUAUUGGGCUGCACUCUCAUUAACUACUACGAUCAUUCACUGCAUCCGGACAGCUCAUCGCUGCAGCGAACAAUCACCACCCCGUGGUAGAAUCAUCGCUGCUCUUGGCCAUGACGACCAUCACUCGCCAAGAUGGACCCACGAGUCCUCCCAAGCUUCAACAGAUACUAGAUUUGGAGCACAAGUUCAAGAUGGAACGUCUUCAGGGCUCUCCUGAGCCUUCGUGUCUGUCGUUACCGACUCUUCGGCACGACACUUCGUCUCGCCACGGAUCCCUCACUGUCACGUCCGCCGAUCGAAGCAGCUCAAACGUCUCGAAACUCACUAUUCUUAUCCCGCCAUCGACGACAACGAUUCCACCCAUCGAAAAGUCACGAGACUCCUCGCAAUCAGAGCUUCGGCCUCAGACCCCAGCACAACAUUCUCAGAAGAUAGAUAACGUCGUAGACAACAAGGGCGAUGAAGAAAAAUCGGAUUCCGCUUCCUCAAUCUGCCACUCCCCUAGCUGGGAAGGCUACGGCCAGAGGAAAAAGGAGAAGAAAGCCGAGACAAAGCAACGUCGGAAGGACAAGGACCAGACAGAGAAGAAUCCCAAACACAAUACCAAGAAGUCUGUUUCCACCGCCAAAUUGACCAAGCCGCCUCCUUCUGCAAGUCGAAGUGCCGACAACUCCAAGGCCGACCGAGACCUCGAGAGCGGACGUUCGGGUCGAACAAGCGCACAAGUUGACCAAUAUCCACCUUCGGCUUCACGCCCGCAUCACAAGAGACGUCGCUCGAGUUCUGUCGCAUCUCAAAUAAGAGCUGUGUUUUCGGGGCUGAAGACAAAAGAGAAGGAGAAGGAGAAGGAGAGAGAGAAAGAGGUUGGCUUUAUCGGAGGUCUCAAACUCGAGAAGGAGAGAGAGGCCGCCAGGAAGGCGGCCGAAGACGCGGCUCAAGGGGACAGGCCACACCUCGAAUCUCGUGAGAACAGUCCAUCAUCGCCGCCGCACACAUCUCAGCCGAACACCCCAGGCACCCAAACGCCGCGGCAAAGCAGGGUCGCGGCGCCUAUUUCUACAAUCUCUCUGGCCAAGGCGGAAACCCCAAGCUCCCCCAUUUCUCCCGCGGCACAAGAAAGUGCCGCAGCGACAACGGAGUACCAAGACAGCUACGUCGAGAAAUACUCUGCAUUGGUGGAUGAAAGCCAACGCGGCCGCCAGGGCGGAAGCUACGUUCAGAACCAACGCCAACAAAGCCGAGAUCGGGCCAUCGUCGCUUUCCGCGACGAGACCCUUGUAUCUGCCCGAUCACACUACCCGCCGCUGGCAAGACGUCCGCAACAUGUGCGUUCUUAUUCCUUCAACUCCGAGACGAAUAGUCAGGGCGCGACCGGUGUGACGCCCAGUCCCCGAGCGGAUGCUUCUGCCGAGAGUUCGCCCAGAUCGAACUAUGCUCAAAGUAGCGCCUCGCAGAGCUUCGCAGCCCAGCCUGCAAGAUCCCCUGCUACUGGAUCGGCCACCACAAAAAGCUUUCGGAAUUCGAUGCAAGCGGCUCUCCACAAGUUCAAGCCAACGCCUGAUAAGCUGCCCUCGCCCCAUGACAACUCCGACCUUGACAGAGCAUCAAGCAGUGCUAUUCCGACCCCUAAUUCGACGGCAUGUUCAGAUCUGGACAGAGGCGCGUUGGGCCCUGGACACCCGCAAAUUGCAGGAGGGAAAAACGACGUUAUCCAAAUGGUGAAGGCCCACGAUGUAGCUAGACCCUCCUCAUCGUCCUCGUCAUGCUGUGACGAUUCGUUCCGGAGUUCUUCAAUAGUGACCACCCCCGAUUCUUUCCGUCCACAGUCUGAUGAGAACCUUCCCCCCGUCCUGAAUGAACUUCGGAAAGGACGCCUAGGAGGGCACCCUCGGGCCGAGUGGGAUAGAAAGGGGUUCCCGGGAUCUCAACGAAGCUCCUGGGGCGCCUCCGGCCCCAUGAGUCCCCGAAGCAUAUUGGCACCGACUACGUUAAAGAAUGAAAAGAAUAUCUUCCGCGAGGGUGGUCACGAAAAGGCCGAGAAAGCUGUCCAGCGGGACCGGAAGGCAAUUGUGGUCAAGAGGGGCAGGGAAGGCAGGGAUUCAGGCUCCGAGUCUUUCAGGACCUGCUUACUUCCCGUGGAAGUUACGGGAUCCAAAGCGGCUCUUGUGCCGGCGCCGCUCGAGAUCACACCUGUCUCGAGCCUCAAGGAAAGCAGCAGGGCAGCAAGCGAUUCCCAGACCACGCUCUCUACGGAGCCAGAACCUGAAAGAAAUGACCGGAGCACGACUCUGCAGCGGAUUCUGAGUCAGCCUAAACGCCGAUCAACUAACAGUGUGGACGUCGGUAUUGCGUCUUCUCAAGAGAAGAACGGAGGUCGGCAACCUGUUCCGCCUCCGCGCUCUCAAGCACGGGGGACGCCCGGGACGUACACAUCGUCGGUAUCCCUUGCCGACGCAAUUCCCUCAAUAUCGGUUCCCGGGAGGGGCGAUGCGCCGCGCUCGCCGCGCUCACCACGCUCGCCUGACCCUUCAGCAUCCCUAUCUUCGGAAGCAGCGGGGAGAUCUGUCCCGGCGUCUAUACCAGUCCCUCUUCGGACUUCUCGCAUGACCAGCAGCCGCAAGGAAGGGGGUACGGACCCGUUGGCCAAGAUAUUGGUUGAGUGCUGCCACUGCAAGUUCUUUCACGACAUGCCUAGCCGGGUGUACGAAUGCAUGGUACGUCCCCACGCCGAAGUAGCCGAUCCAGCGUUGGGCGUAAGCGGCGCCAUCACGACCAUGGUCAACUGUCCGUGGUGCAAGCACGGCAUGACGACGCAGUGCUGUGCCGGUUACGCGGCGGUUGUCUAUUUGAAAGAAAGGCUUCAUUGACCGGGGUCCCGAGCGAUGAGGAGUGGCGACACCAUCCUAGCGACAACGUCAAACCGGAGACUCGAGGUUGAGGUUGACGCUGACACUGCAAUGCGAUGCACAUUUUACUGAGUAUAUGACUGGAUUACGACGAGUCUUUAUGUAUUGUAUACGAACCAUGUAAUGAAUCUAAUGAAGUCUAGUAGUAAUGAAGUGACGGUUCUAUAGUGUUUCCCUUUUACGACGGAUGGAGGUUGGAGCAAGGAAGAUAAAAAGGGGGUUAUGUUAUGGCCAUUGCUACUCUGUUGUUAGUUAAUCUACAGAGUCUUUCAUUGUAAAUAAAGCCGAGUGUCGAGCGAAUGUAUCCGCUUCUUCUGUAGGUAUG